AUGAACAGCAACGAAUUGUUUGCACUUUCACCAAACUCAUGUACUGGUGAUUAUCCUUUCUACAUAUGUAGUCAAGGAGGUUUCUCAGGCUGUUGUUCAAUCAACCCUUGCGAUUCUGGAAUCUGUCCGCCCGAGAAUCAGCCAUCUGACGCGCCUCAAUUAACCUCUAUCGCGUUGACUAGUCCAAUCUUACCAAUUACAAAGGCAAGAGACGAAAAUAUUACUAUUACAGAGCCGCUAUUAACUCCAUCCACUACGAACUUGGUAUUCUUGACUCUCGAAACCAUUUCAACGGCUAACACGAAUCCACAUGUGGCAAUACAGACUGGUGUUUCAGAGAACCCUCCAACUCCUAAUCCAACUACUGUCAAUGGUGCUAUUAUCGGAGGCGUUGUUGGUGGUGUUUUGAGCGUCAUCCUUCUGUUCACUGCCAUUGUGUCUCGAAUCCGCAAGAAUACCAAGUCAAAAUCAAAUUGUGACAAUGAAAAGCAUGCAGGUGGCGGCAACUCUUCAGGUGGAUGUGAAUAUUGUGGAUAUAGUGACUCCAUUUUUGAUCAGUACAUGUCUAAAUCAAGUGGUUCAUUUGGGAAAUCUAGUGAUUAUCGCAAAUUUGCCAAAUGGACCAAACAGGCAAUGCCAUCCCUGCUAGGGGACAGGAAAACCAGCCAGGAGGGAAGCGCGGUCAAGUCAGAUAAACGAAGUGGUAAUCCAAAUACAUUGUCACCCUUGGCCCCCGAUGUUGUCAAUUCUUGUGCAACACAUUUACGCAGGAGUUAUUCUUCAGCCUUAGCUUCUGCUGGUUCAAGUGAAAUUAUCAGUAUCGCAGGAGGAGUGGCAAUCCCUGCUAGUGCCAGAAGCGUAUCAAUGGGCUCUUAUACUACAGGAUUGGUAGUUUCAAGGAACCGGAAGCCCUCCAUCGAAGCCCACGACAACUCUCAAGGCUCUCAGACUCCAGGUCGUCCUUAA